UUAUUUACGACUGUUUUCAAAAUCCAGUGAUUGACAGACUCUUUGAGUUGUCGUUGGAAUCGAUUUGAGUGACAGUUGUGUUGGCAUUGAGUGAUACCAUCAAUGAAUACCAUGUCUUCGUAGACAUUGUUUGUCAUCAUUUAGUCAUCCAAUUGAGUGGUGAAUCAAUCAAUCAAUCAAUCGUUGCAAAUGUCAAACUCCAAUGGUCUGUACGGUCAGUCCUAUGACCGAUACGUCGAGCGAUACGAUGACUCUGCGCUCUCGAAAAUGCAAUUACAUUACUGGCAAACAAAACAGACAUUCCUUCGCAAACUCAAAGGCAAAGAAGAUGACUGUAUUAUCGCAUCCGAUGCUGAACUCGACGCCAAACUUGAGUUAUUGCGAUCAAUAGACGAGUCGUGUCAGAACUUGAUCUCAGUUCUCGAGGCAUAUCAGGACCGUAUAUGUGGCUUAGCUCACGAGGAAUCAGCCGCCGGACGAUUUCUCAAAGAGUGUGCCAAACUUGAUAAGACACGCGCCGGCAAAAUGAUGUCGGCCUCGGGUAAAACACUUUGCUAUACCGCACAACAGCGCAUCCAAUUGAGAAAUCCAUUGGUCCGACUCUAUCAAGAAGUUGAGACAUUUCAAUACCGUGCUGUGGCCGACACUAUGCUUACCAUUGAUAAGAUGGAGUCGGCCCGCACUGCAUACAGAGCUGCAUUGCUUUGGAUGAAAGACAUUUCACAACAGUUAGAUCCGGAUACUUAUAAACAAUUGGAAAAGUUUCGUAAAGUCCAGAGUCAUGUCCGCAAAACCAAAGCCCGUUUUGAUCGCUUGAAAAUUGAUUGCAUUCAAAAAGUCGAUCUCUUGAGUGCUUCGCGUUGUAAUAUGUAUUCAAACGCUUUGGUCGGCUAUCAGAACACAUCACUACUAUUUUGGGAAAAGACGGCUAAAACUAUGAAUGCCGUCUCCGACACAUUCAAGGGUUACCAAUACUAUGAGUUUACGACAUUAAAAGAGUUGACUGAAACCAGUCGAAAAUUGGCUGAAGAGACCUCUCAGGAUGCGGACAUUCGCAAGAUUUUCGAUGAUAAUGACGAUGAAGACAAGGAUCGUCUCAUAUUCUUUGAUGCCGACUAUAGAGAUGAUGACACACGAAAACCAGCGAAUAAAGAGAACAAAAAGAGUAAAUCCAGUGGAAAGAAGUUAUUGAGUAACAGUCAAAAUAAAUCCAAAAAGAGUGGUUCGGCCGAUGCAAAGGCAAACAAUUCAUUACUUGAUCUCAAUUUUGAUCAAAACUCAGAUAAAUGCGUUAAAAAAGACUCUAAAUCUAUUGAAGAGCAACAAAAUGCAGAUAUUCUUACAUUAAGUGAUGGAAAAUUGGAUGACAUGAGCUUAUUGAGUGAAAUAUUGAACGCACCGACCACUCCAGUCAUUGGUGCCAAUGUUAGUGCCGGUGCUAAACACAGUCCCACUAGUUUUGACGCAUUUAUGCCGAGUCAGCUCAUUGACUUGAAUCCAUUGAAUUUCACUACAAAUCCAAUGAAUGCAUCCAUUCCUCAAUUGAAUGCACCAAUAAAUCCAAUGAACACCAAAAUGGAUGGACAGAAGGAUAAUAAGAAACCUAAUUUGAAAGCAAAUAAAGAUAAAGCCAAACCGGGUGACAGUAUAGCCUCGUGGCUCAAUCUAUUUGCUGAUUUGGAUCCACUCGCCAAUCCCGAUGCUAUCGGCAAAAAAGCCGACCAAAUUGAUGACCGAAAUUGUUAAAACAAUUGCACUAAAAAUUUCUAGUCUUCUAGUUAUGAUAAUUAUUGA